AUGGCCAGUAAAACUCCUCUGAAGACGACAUUCGAUGUCGAUCGAGUACUGAGGCCGAUAUUCACCGGAGGCUCUGUCUCAAUCGACAACAAUGCCAAAAUCUUAGCGACCACCAUUGGCGAAGAUGCGAUUCUCACUGAGCCCGCCACUGGCAAGCACUUGGCGCAAAUUGAGGGCGAUGGAGAAACGAUAUCAACGCUCACACUGACACCCUCGGGCUCACACCUCAUCGUUUGCUCGAGGUCUCUAUCCAUGCGGAUAUUCGCUUUGAAGCGCGCAUCGGACGAUACUCUGGAGCCCACGUUGUUGCGCACGUUGAAGCCGCACGGUACCCCAGUGGUGGUGCUUGCUGUCGAUCGCACGAGCACGUUACUAGCGACCGGUGGUACAGAUGGAGGCAUCAAGGUCUGGGAUAUUGCAGGCGGGUUUGUCACACACACGUUUCGUGGCCCGUCCGUACUAGUUUCUGCACUGCGAUUCUUUGACGUUGCUGGGCGCGCUGAGCAGACCUCAAAGAAGGGGAAGACGAAGAAGGGCGGCCGCAAGGAGGCUGUUGCGCAAGAUGACGACGUCGAAUCAGAAACGACACACUUCAGGCUCGUGUCUGGUAGUCAGGACGGCAAAGUCAAAGUGUGGGACCUUAACAAACGGAGCUGCAUCGCCAACCUCGACUCGCACGUGUCCGACGUACAGGCCCUUGACUAUUCCCCGGAACAGCAGGCUAUUGUGUCUGCUAGCAGAGACAAGACGAUCAUUUGGUGGGAUGCCAAGUCGUGGAAGAUUCGCAGGGUUGUCCCGUGUCUGGAGCUGGUCGAGGGUGCCGGUUUCGUCGACAAUGGUGAGCUGACAUGGUCCGCUGGCGCGAAUGGAUGCUUGCGCAUCUGGGAGACGGAUAGUGGAAAGGAACUGAGUGGAAAGCAGCCGGCCAGGAGCGAGGAAGAGGCAUUCAUCACAGGCAUCUAUCGCCCUGGUAUGCCCUUCAUUCUGUGCGUGCAGGUCGACCACACGCUGUCCCUUUUCCAGCUGCCCAAGAAAACCGACGCUUCCACACUCACACAGAUCGACCCCAUGCGAAGGAUAUCCGGAACCCAUGACGAGAUCAUCGACAUGGCCUAUUUGUUGCCCGAUCGGUCACUCAUGGCACUGGCUACCAAUUCGGAAGAUGUGCGCAUAGUGUCAGUGUCCGAAUCGUCGACAACAGAGGUGAAUCCCUGGGCACCCUCAUCAGCGUCGCAUUUUGGUCAGGAUAUUGCGCUCCUCAAGGGUCACGAUGAGAUCGUCAUUACCCUCGAUGUGGACUGGUCUGGGCACUGGAUAGCGACCGGAGCGAAGGACAACACCGCCAAGGUCUGGCGUGUGGACUCGGAUAACAAGUCCUACACGUGCUGGGCGACAUUCUCGGGCCAUGCUGAGUCGCUAGGCGCCGUCGCGCUGCCCAAGGCCAUGCCUGCAGAGUCAACAGCCGCGCGUACUGACCCUCUUAACCACCCUCCAGCCUUCCUCAUCACCGGUUCGCAAGAUCAGACCAUCAAGAAGUGGGAAAUUCCCCGACAGCGCCAGGAGAAGGGUCAGAAGACCGCGAUGCGAUCCGCCUUCACCCGCAAAGCACACGACAAGGACAUCAACGCCAUCGCUGUGCAAAACACAGGGGUUCUGUUUGCGUCAGCCUCGCAGGACAAGACGGUAAAGAUCUGGUCAACAGCAGAAGGCGAGGUCCAAGGCAUUUUGCGCGGGCAUAAGCGCGGUGUCUGGUCCGUGCAGUUCUCGCCGUCCAAUAUGCCCGUUAUUCAGGGCGACGAUGGGCCAGUGACGAGCAAAGGGCUGAUUCUGACCGGAAGCGGCGACAAGACAGUCAAGCUCUGGAGCCUGUCUGACUUCACCUGCCUUAGGACGUUCGAGGGGCACUCGAACAGUGUUUUGAAGGUUGCCUGGCUGAAGAUGCCCGUCAACAACGACAAGAGCAAAAGGCCAGUGCAGUUUGUCAGUGCCGGCGGCGAUGGUCUGGUCAAGGUAUGGGAUGCCAACUCGGGGGAGACCGAAUGCACGUUGGAUAAUCACGAGGACCGUGUCUGGGCCAUAACUGUCCAACCCGACACCAACGCCAUCGUCUCGGGCAGUGGUGAUUCCACAGUGACCUUUUGGAAAGACACCAGUACAGAGACACAAGCAGCUGCCUCGCAAAAGGCUCUCGAGCUGGUGGAGCAGGAGCAAGAGUUGCAGAACCACAUGAACGCAGGUUCUUACCGCGAAGCCAUCGCGCUGGCGUUGCAGCUCAAUCACCCAGGCCGUCUGCUGUCGUUGUUUACCUCUGUCACGACGAAGAUCCCACCGGAAGAGGGUAGCUUGACGGGCGUCAAGGCUGUCGAUGAAGUGCUGGCUACAUUGUCAGACGAGCAGAUCUUCCUCCUUUUGCUACGCUUGCGCGACUGGAACACCAAUGCACGCACGGCGCCCGUUGCUCAGAAAAUCCUCUGGACGUUAGUCCGCAGCUACCCAGCUUCCAAGUUCUCUAGCUUGUCCGUCAGGGGUGCGCGUGGUCAGCAGAGCCUCAAGGAUGUCCUGCAAGCAUUGAAAGUAUACACUGAGAGACACUACAAGCGCUUGGAGGAACUCGUAGACGAGAGUUACCUGGUGGAAUAUACCCUGCAGGAAAUGGAUAGUCUUGCGCCGGCGCUGGAGGAUGGAGAAGAUGCAUUGAUGCAAGAGGCUAGGCAGGACACCAUCAUGGCUGGCUAG